AUGACGCAGAAACGUUGCAACGUUACUAAUGGUACAUUCCCUUCAGACCGCCCUAAUGAAGACGUUGUAAAUGAGGAUGUUAGCAAAGCUCAUGAUUUUUAUUGGACUUACACGGAAGAACCACAUAAAAGUCGAAGAGCUGCCAUUCUCAAGGCUCAUCCAGAGGUUGCUUCUCUAAACGGAUAUGAACCAAAGACGAAAUGGGUAGUUCUUUUUGUCGUUUUCCUUCAGCUAACUUGCGCGACGCUGUUGUCCAAAACAAAUCCUUGGAACUGGAAAUUUCUACUCACUGGUUACUUCAUUGGUGCAUUCUGUAACCAAAACGUCUUUCUAGCCAUCCAUGAACUCUCGCACAACUUAGGUUUUAAACGCGCUGUUCAUAACCGCCUUUUUUCUUUUAUUGCAAAUCUUCCUGUAGGUGCUCCAUACUCUGCCAGCUUUCGCCCUUAUCAUAUGGAGCAUCACAGGUUUCAAGGUGUCGAUGGCUUCGACACAGAUUUACCGACUUCCUUGGAACUCGUCCUUUUGGACAACGUUCUUGGAAAGGCUUUUUUCUGUACUUUCCAACUCUUCUUUUAUGCUUUUCGUCCUAUGUUUGUUCGUCAGCUCCCUUUGACAAGUUUACAUUUUUGGAACGUAGUUGUUCAAUUCAUUUUUGACUUUUUGAUAGUCAAAUUUUUAGGAUGGAGAUCUAUGGCCUACUUCUUUUUGAGCUCCUUCAUGGCUGGCAGCUUACAUCCUACCGCAGGCCAUUUUCUUAGUGAACACUACAAUGUGACUCGUACUCGCUUAAUUCAGGAAGGUCCUGGCAAGGAUACUCCUUUGGAAACAUUCAGCUACUAUGGCCCACUUAAUAUUCUUGUGUAUAACGCUGGUUACCACAUCGAACAUCAUGACUUCCCUUACGUUGCUUGGACCCGUAUCGCCAAGGUACGUGAAUUAGCUCCUGAAUUUUAUAACAACAUUCCUGAUUGCAAGAGUUGGAGUGGAAUCAUUUACCAAUUUAUCACCGAUUCAAAUGUUGGUAUGUGGUGUCGUGUGAAGCGUAAGCAAGCUUACGAUGCAUCUAAUUGA